AUGCUUUGUGCAUUAAUGAUAUCAUUAUAUCAUGAACAAGCUUCUUGUUUGCAACAACCAUAUCAAAUAUUAUCGUUAUUAGUCGAUUUAGACUCAUUAAUUGCUAACUGGCGCUAUGCUCAUCUUUUAUUGGUUCAACGACAAAUUGGUAGUAAAAUGGGCACAGCUGGUACGGGUGGUAUUGCAUAUUUGGGCAAAACAUGCGAUUAUCGUUAUCAAGUAUUUAUUGAUUUAUUCAAUGUGGCAUCAUUUUUAAUUCCAAUGGAAUAUUUACCUAAAUUAAGUGAGAAAAUGAAGAGACCGCCAUUACUACGAUUAAAGUCAUAUCCGUCAUCAGGACAAGAAAACUAUUUUCAAAGACAAAUGUCAAGAUAA